AUGUUUGAGACAGUGAAUCUCUUGAAGAUACUUAUUAUACAACGAAAAGAUCACACAUUUACUUUAAAUCACAAGAAAUGCACGAGUGUAGUCGAGCCUCCAAUAGCUCUUAGCAGUAGGCUCCGCGCCCUCGGACGGAAACACUCCGACGGGAGCGCAGCGCAGGGCGUGGGUACCCUACAGGUUUUGGGCGGACAAGGUGCGUUCCACAAACACCGUGGGGCGCGAGCUAUCUCGCAGGCAGCGAGCCGCGUGCGGUCACCAAAGGUAGGCGAACAGGGAGGCGUCAGGAGGGGAACUUAUCACCCGCCCGCAUGGCCUGAUGGCGGCAUCGAACUUGAGAAGGCGCGAGUAGUGGACUCCCCUGCAUUGCUCCACAGAUAUGGACGUGCACAUAGGAGACUUGCACCCAUCAAUUAUCGAGAAAUCGAGAUUGUACAAUCGUUCUUGGAGAAGAUUCUUGUGGAAUCGAGAGCGUGCAAAUACAUCCGUCCACAAAUGACGGAGGAGAAUGUGUUGGACAUCAAACAGGGCCGUUUGUCCCGCUGUAUAGGUUUUGAUGCGACAGUUUUUGCGUUCACAGGUGAAUGGCUGGCUAUCUUCGUCAUCCAAAUCAGUCAGAAUGGCUGCAAGGCUGCCUUGGGGAGGAGAUACAUUAAUCAGAGUUGCUGUUUUGUUGACACAAACACAAUUGGGCGAGACAUGAUCCUGCUGAGGAAGACAGAGUUCAUUAAAGCGUGGACGCAUAACCCCAUCUCAGAGAUGACUCGCCAUACCGGCACAGACAGAAGGACGACGAAAACAUAUCGUGUCUUUACCGGGGCCCCAUCCGCUAAGGAUGUCUCACAACCAACGAGCGAUUAUCACUGGCGCACUGUGUCCUCAAAAACACCGGCGUAUGGCUUUCCACCGGCGACGCUGGGGGCCGCAAGCCUUCGUAUUUCUUUGUUGUACCAGAAUAUCAUAUUCGGCGAAUCCGACGAGCAUCCGGACGAUGCAGUUGAUGAUGACAUUCCUCUCAGCGGCGCCAAUAGAACUGAUAUACGAGAUUUCGCGAGUUUGCCCACGUCAGAUCAAACUACCGCCAUUACCUGGCCGGCCACCACCCUAGGUGGAGCAGCGUCCCAAAGCAUGCUUGACUCAAAGGUAUCAUUCUUGCGCCCGUCUUUGGGCGCCUCACGACUCCGCUCUCAACCCGAGACGCAGGAGACACAAGGGUCCGCGUCGUACAACUACUCCAACGAAUCAUCGAUCGCACGCUUCCCAAGCUUCCACUUCAAUCUCCACGCGGUGACCAGCCUGUCUGCGCUCUUCACGGAGGCCCAGCAGCACCUAGCCCGCUCAGGGCCAGUCCAGAAAGGCUCGCGGAAGGUCAUGGCGCUCGCUGCCGUGCUCGAGGCAGAGGGCCCGGAUACCAUCCGCGUCAAACGGGGCGUAGACGCAGGCAAGGAAGUCUCGCUGCUCAAGCUUAUCAUCGGCGACGAUGACGGGGCCAUCUGCAAGCUCACCGCGUGGCGUGAGGUCGCCGAGAGCUGGGGCGGGGCUGACCCCGACGUGCCCACGAGCAUCAAACGCGGAGACGUAGUGCUCUUCGAGAAUGUCCUCGCCAGUUGGGCCCCGGGCAGUGGCGUCGAGCCUGAACGCGAAGGCGCCGUCCCCGUCAGUCUGUCCGCGUCGCCCAACCUCCAUUCGACGCUCCAGAUCUGCUAUCGGACCAUGCCCUGCAUGCCCGAAGACAGCCGCUUGCGCCCGGACCUUAGACUCGGCUCCAGCGACGCGGCAGUCAGGAGGGUGACAGCGCUAGUGGAUUGGGUCGAACACACCGCAGGUCUAUCCGUCAAGUGA